AUGAUUGGAAUUCGCAACUGUUUGCUCGCCUUGGUACCAGUAUUGUUGGCGGCAGGCGUCUCGGGUCAAGAUGAGUUCCCACUGGUAGAAACAUCGCUCGGUUUCAUCGGAGGAUCGUAUGGUGCCGAUGGCUUUACCGAGCAAUUCUUUGGCAUCCAAUAUGCUAAUGUCCCGGAACGUUUUGCCCGUAGCGAGGUGAUUGACGAGCCAUUCGAGGAUGAUUAUUACAACGCCAGCUCCUUUGGCCCCAAGUGUUGGCAAGAGAAUGCCGACCCAACAGAAGAUGAAUAUAGUGAAUUCGACUGUCUUGUGUUGAACAUUUACAGGCCCACGUUCCCAGAUGGCGAAGAGCCACUCUCUACCAUGGUUUGGAUACAUGGAGGAAGUCUUAUUUCUGGUGCUGGUGAAGACGACGACGGUACCUAUUUGUCUCUCUUACAAAACGUCAUCGUCAUCACGAUUAAUUACCGUCUUGGAGUCCUGGGUUUUAUUGCUCAAGAUGAAGACGGAACCGGUGGUUUGAACGGGAUGGAUGACCAAAUCAAUGCGUUGAAAUGGAUCAACCAACAUAUCGAAAGUUUCGGAGGAACCAACUCUUCCAUUACGAUCUUUGGAGAGAGCUCUGGAGGUGACAGUGUUACUGUGCUCUCCGUGUCACCUCUGGCGUAUGGGCUCUUCCAGAGAGCCAUUGUCAUGAGUGGACCUGCUGGUUUGGGGUGGCGCCCCUUCAAGCCAGACAAAGGCUGGGAAGUGACAGAAUCUACACUUGCUCAUCAUGGAGCUGCCAGCAUUGAAGCAUUGAAGAGUGUCGACGACUUUCCGGCCCAACAGAUUGUUACCUUUUCCCCCGAGUUUGAAUACCUUGAAGCCUUUCCCGACUUUGCCCAAAUGAUCGACAGCAAGUACACCAUUGAUGGCUUGGUUCUCUCAGACCGUCCUCAUACUCUCUACACCAACCCAGACAAUAUCAACCCGGAGGCCAUGAUGAUUGGUUCCAACAGCUAUGACGGCACUUUGGGCCUCAGCGACCCCAGCUUUAUGAACGGUUUCGUCUUGGAUGAGGCCAUGAGAAGCGUGUUUGGAGACGACUUGGGUGAUGCCAUUUUUGCGGCGUACAAUCCGAAUGAUCCGCCUUAUGCUGGAUUCGCCAAUGCCACAUACGCUGCCACCAUUAAUAUCGAAGGCGACUACCAAGUGACAUGUCCCACCCGUGAACUCGCUGCAAAAGCAGCUGCAAGUGGAUACGAAGGUCCCGUUUACUUGUACAACUACCAGCACUUUUUCCCGGGUGAUUUGAACGCCCUGUUUGUGGGAGACGACGUGGAUGUGAAUCGAGAUGGCUGGGCGUCUCAUGCUUCGGAAACGUUUGUCUUGUUUGGCACGGAUAUUGGUGAGGCGUUUGGCUUUCCGUUCUUUGACAAUGCUACAAUCGCCAUGUCAGAGGAACUCAUGGCCAGAUGGGCCACCUUUGCCAAGACGGGAGAUCCCAAUCUUCCAGAGUAUGCCACUUGGACUAGUAUGAGCAACACGGGCAUUUCCACCCCCAAUGAAGAAGGAGCUGCCAAGAACGUGCCAUGGCUCGUCUUCCGUGAUGGCACCAGUGCCAUGGUGGAUGACACCGAAACCAAGGCCAGCCAAUGCGAUCUAUUUUUUGAAAGCUACAUGCAAAACGAGGGAAACGUGGAAGAGGGGGGCAUCCCUCCCCCCGAGGAGUCAUCGCCAGAUGUGGAGGACGUUAUUGGCAUGGAAGAAGCCUCACCUGACGAAGAAGCCUCACCGGAGGAAUAA